AUGGCUUCCACUGCUCAUGUAAUCAUCAAUUCGGAUAUAUCUUCCACCCGUGUCACCACUACAGCUACUGCUGUUGCGGUCAUCACUACAGAUACUGCUGUUGAUGUCCUAGCUGCUACUGCUGUUGCUGUUAUAGCUGCUACUGCUGUUGCUGUUAUAGCUGCUACAGCAGUUGCUGUCAUAGCUGCUAAUGAUGUUGCUGUCCUAGCUGCUACUGCUGUUGCUGUCAUAGCUGCUACUGCAGUUGCUGUCAUAGCUGCUACUACUGUUGCUGUCAUAGCUGCUACUACUGUUGCUGUCCUAGCUGCUACUGCUGUUGCUGUCAAAGCUGCAACUACUGUUGCUGUCCUAGCUGCUACUGCUGUUACUGUCUUAGCUGCUACUGCAGUUGCUGUCAUAGCUGCUACUUCUGUUGCUGCCAUAGCUGCUACCGCUGUUGCUGUAAUAGCUGCUAAUGAUGUUGCUGUCCUAGCUGAUAUUGCUGUUGCUGUCAUAGCUGCUACUGCUGUUGCUGUCAUAGCUGCUACUGCUGUUGCUGUCAUAGCUGCUACUGCUGUUGCUGUCAUAGCUGCUACUGCUGUUGCUGUGCUAGCUGCUACUGCUGUUGCGAUAUUGCUGAUGCUGCUGGGUGUGUGUGCAUCAUACUAG